AUGGCAUCACCAGGCCUUGUGGACCGGCUACUCCGACGAGAGCUGGGCGAUGAUCGCUUUUCCCGCUACUCGAGCGUCGAAAGCCUCUACGGCGACCGGAAAUGGAUCAGAGACCUCGAUAUCGUGAACAGGCUGCGAGGACACACGGGCUGUGUCAAUGCCCUCAGUUGGUCCCGCUCAGGAGAACUUCUUGCGUCUGGAUCCGACGACACGAACGUUAUCCUACAUAGAUACGCCCCGACCGGGUCCCUCCAGUUUGAGGAAGUUGGCAGCAUCUCCACCGGGCACACACAGAACAUAUUUUCUGUCAAGUUUAUGCCGCACUCCAAUGAUAGGACCAUAAUUACAGCUGCUCGUGAUUCCGAGGUUCGGAUAUUUGAUGUGGAAUACUCUGGGCGGACGAGAGCCGCUGUUUCGUCAAGUAGCCAACAACCAGUGGGUUUUGGUUCGUGGAGCAUGACUGCAGGCGACGAUGACACCAAUGUCAAGGUCUUUCGAUCCCAUUCAGAGAGUGUCAAGCGGAUCGUCACCGAAGACUCACCGUUCUACUUCCUGACAUGUUCUGAGGACGGCGAUGUCCGACAAUGGGAUAUUCGUCUACCAUCCAGGGCGUAUCCACGAGCAUCUAGCUCCGAGAGCGCUCCACAGGCACUCAUUUCCUACAAGAGACAGGGCAUACAGUUGAACACGAUCUCGUGCUCUCCGAGCCAACCCCAGUACAUUGCACUUGGCGGGGAUCACCUACACUGCUUUUUGCAUGAUCGCCGCUUCCUGGGACGAGACAUUCUCGCGGAGCGAGGGACGCCAGGCUCUGCAAGUGGCGUUCGGGGUAGACUUGAUGAGGAGGUCAGCAAAGCCACAAAGUGUGUCGUUAGGUUCGCCCCAGGCGGCCGGUCUCGAAUGAGGAGAAGCGACAACAGACAGAUCACUGCCUGUAAGAUUAGCGAUGCUUACCCCAACGAAUUGAUAGUCUCAUGGUCUGGAAAUUCGAUUUACAGUUUCGACAUCAUUCGGGACGCUCCACUUCAUGAUCAGCAUCGUUCGAGGGAAUCGAAACAAGGCAAGCGAAAGCGGCAACAAGUCGACUCGUAUGACUCUUAUGAUAGCCUAGAGCAGGCUACAGCUCGCCUACGAACAGAGAGUACCUUUUCUGGAUCAGACGAAGACUUGACUCUGAGAAUACAGAAUGGCAGCCAGCGCGAGGAUGUUCCGAUGGACGCAGACGGCGACAUUGACGUCGUGAAAAACCAGCGGGCCCACCAGAUAGCGACCGAGCUUGUCAACAUCCGCAAUGAGAUGUUCUUGCUGGAAGACCCUUCCUCGACCAUCGACCUUGCAAGCCGCGAACACCUCUUCUCUUCCAUUCUACAGUCGUGCGCGCGUAUUGUUCCAAUUGUGGAUGCCAGUAUCUCCUCGUGGCAACACCCUGAUGCGCCAACUACCUCACAGUUCGCUCAGCGCGAUCGCCAAGCUGCAGCUCGUCGGUUUCUCCAAGCGACAGGUCUCCUUGCGCGUGUCCUUGGCGGAAAGUUGACGAUUAUCGGAGAGCCAGAAGAGGACGAUCGAAAUGCAUGUACAAUUCAGCGUUACUUCACAACCAUCGGCCCUACCGCUACAGAGCAGGACAGCUCUCUCCUUCAUCACGAGCGAUUUGCCAUCCCCGCCAGAGCACAAUUUUGCUAUGAUUUCCUCAAGGCUAUCUGCUUAUGGCUCGACAGCGGCCUCGGGGCGCUACUCCGCGGUUUCUCUACUACAGCAGGUCGCGGCAAGCGUUUCCCAGUCGGACCCAACGCUAGCAUGACAGCGGUAGAGACAGUACUCAUCCCGUACCUCGAAAGCCUCGCCUCGGACAAAUCUAUAAAGGAUGUUGACGCAUCUCGAUUUCAAGUUCAGGAGAGUCUCGUCCUCUUUGCAACCGAGAAGGACGCUGUCAUCGCCUUUUCAAAAGCGGUAAUGAUACCCUUUGCAGACCUAGUCACCGAUGAGACUGGAUUCUCCUCACAGAGCGGCGAUAACGAGACCCAAGCCCGUCACACAGCCUUACAAUUUUGGGCGUUCAAGGUUGGACGUGGCGUCCUAAUGAAUGCCGCCAGACUGGAACCAGAGGCGCCCUUCUUAGACUACCAGUUCAUCAAGAAGGCUUUUGGCGGAACCGGGUCUCCGAGUGCCCAGAUCAUAGGCGCGGAGAGAGAGUUCUUGUCCCGACACGAGGAGGUUGACGACACGACGCCGAGCGAUGAUGAUUAUGAGGACACAGACCAUGACUCCUCGUACGAAGAUUACGAGGAAGAAGGCUCAGAAGAAGGCGACGCUAGCAUCUACGAGCAAAACAGGGUCCGUGGACUCCUUCACCACGACGUACCAUGCCACACACAAAAUCGCACGUAUACCGGACAUCUAAACAUCAAAACCAUCAAAGAUGUUAACUUCUUUGGCCGCAACGAUGAGUACGUAGUGUCUGGAAGCGACUGCGGACACGUGUUUAUAUGGGACAAAAAGUCCACGCGCAUUGUCAACAUUCUAGAGGCCGACCGCGACGUCGCCAAUGUUCCUGCAGGUGUGAUCUACAUCUCCUCGAAGCCCGAGUACCUACAAGCUGCAGGCCACCCAUACGAGCCCAUGCUGGCGAUUUCAGGGAUUGAUUCGACCAUAAAGAUCUUCUCCGCCGACGCAAGGGACCGCCAGAACGCACGCGAUGGCGUCGCAAUCAGCCACCCCGCCCCCACCCCCACCCUACGUUUCGGUCGAGCCCCGCCGGCCCCCAAUGUCGCACCAAGAAGUCCCGACAGCGACGACGAGGAGGAGGAGAUCGCGGAGAAUGGGCUCAAUAGCCGCAGAAGGCUCCACGAAGAGUACCUAAUUACCGCCAAAAACGCCCAAGAGGCGUCGUCCGCCGCGGCCCACGAGCCGCGUAUCACUAUAGUUAACAUAUUUAACCACGCAGUGGGCUCUUUUGGCAGAACUAGCAGUGAGAAGGCAGGCCGGAGAGGGGGAGGAAAGCUGCGCAAUGCAGUGAAACUUGUAACUAAUGGUGAUUAUUGUAACGAACGCUUAGGGCAUAAGGUAGUACAAAUAGCAGUAGUCGUGGUUAUUAUGUUGUAA